GAAAAAUCAAAUUGGUGAUAGAGGAGCAUAAAAUAUUGGAUUAGGUUUGAGUAACUGCACUCAAUUCACAAAUUUAGAAUUUGGGAUAAGCGAAAAUUAAAUUGGGAAUUAUGGAGCCUCUACUAUUGGUACAGCACUUGGUAAGUGCAAGUUCCUUACUAAUCUCAACUUUUAAAUUUGGAAAAAUCAAAUUGGUGAUAGAGGAGCAUAAAAUAUUGGAUUAGGUUUAAGUAACUGCACUUAGCUUACAAAUUUAAAAUUUGGGAUAAG